AUGAAGUAUGACGAUCUGAUUAAACAGCUGGGCGAGCUGGGACCCUAUCAGGUGAGGGUAUACAUCCUCACCUGUCUGCCGGUCAUCGCUGUCUCCAUGCAGACCCUCAUACCUGUCUUUAUCUUGGCAGUUCCCCAGCACAGGUGCCACAAUCCACCGUGGACCAACUCGACCUACACUGUACAAGAUGUCCUCCUUGACCCCAUCAACGCGACCUUGCCCCGGGACACCGAAGGUCAGGAUAGAGAGACCGAAGGACUGGGACUAGAGCAGUGUCAAAUUCGGGUACCCAUACAAGUGUUGGACGGAGGUGAGGGGCAGGUCCAGGAUCCAGCCUUGUACACCUUCAGACCGUGUCAUCACUGGACUUACGACCAGUCGAAUUUCCAAAACACUGUUGUCACUCAGAUGGAUCUUGUGUGUAGGCGAUCCAGUCUCAGAUCCCACGCCAACAUGAUCUACAUGGGAGGUUUCCUCGUAGGAUCAAUCGUUUUCGGCAUCCUCGCUGACAUAAAGGGCAGGAAGCCGAGCUUGAUGAUGGCCGUCACCUUGCACGUGGUGACGUCAGUGCUUGUUUUGUUCUCCCCCAACUACGUCACUUUCGUCGUCUGCCGGUUCCUGACUGGGGUCAGUAACAUGGGCAUCAUGUUGUCUGCCUUUGUCCUGGGAAUGGAGCUGGUGGGCCGGCAAUGGCGGACAGUCGCUGGCGUCAGCAUCAACUUUUUCUGGUGUGCUGGCAUGCUUCUGCUGGAUCUGAUGGCGUAUGGUAUUCGAGACUGGAAACAUUUGCAGCUAGCUGCUUCAUGUUACGCCGUUCUGUUCUUGCCCCUGUGGUGGUUGCUUCCAGAGUCGUCCAGGUGGCUGAUGAGCAAAGGUCGCUUGGAGGAAGCCAGGGUUAUCCUCACGAAGAUCGCAGAGUCCAACAAGAAAGAAAUACCAGAUGAUGCUUUCAAUGAACCAGACAAGGAUGAAGAUCAAGGCACAAUUACUGACAUAUUUCUUCAUCCCGUGUUGGCUUUCCGAUUUGCUGUGGUAUUUCUGAACUGGCUGGUUGUGAACUUGGUCUAUUAUGGCCUGACCUUGAACGUUGGCUCUCUAGGGGGCAGUAUCUAUUUGAACUUUGCCCUGAACGGAUUGGUGGAAACCCUAGGCAACAUCGCCACACUAGGAGCCUUACCUCGACUGGGAAGGAAGAGGUUCUAUUCUCUAGCCAUGUUGUUUAGUGCUGCAGCUUGUCUGUGCUGUAUGAUUCCGGCAUUGGCUAGCAGUUCAGCUCCUGGCUGGAUCAUCGUUUUGUUGUCCAACGUGGGCAAGUUCUGCAUCACCGGUGGCUACUCCACCAUCUACGUGUUCUCUGCCGAGCUGUUCCCUACAGGGCUGAGGAACAGUGUCCUGGGCUCGUGUUCCAUGGUGGCCAGAGUCGGUGCUAUGAUGGCCCCUUACGUGGCUGACCUGAGCCUGGUUGUCGCUGGAGCUGUGGGAGCUUCGCUGCCGUUCCUCGUGUUUGGCGCCAGUGGUCUGCUGGCCGGUUUACUGGCCUUGGCCUUGCCGGAGACCCUCAACAUGGCGCUGCCGGAAACCGUGCAGGAUGCCGUAGAGUUUGGGAAGUCAGAAAUUAUUUUUGACUACACAUCAAACAUAAUUUAUGACUACAAAUGA